AUGCAGCUUGAUACUAGCUACCGAUCCUCAGAAAGCACUGAUGAAGAGGACACUAUCGACAGCCCCGGAUGCUCCGUGGGCCCUGACUUAGAUGACAAGGUAGCAAGUAUGGACGUAGAUAGAGACACUCCUGCAGAUGAGUCUGACCAAGAAGUUAACGAGCUCACCGUACUCUUCUCUCCUCUUUCUCUCACAAGCAGCCCAACACCUGACGUAUCCAGAGACCCUGUGCUCCCUCAAGAGCAAAGGUCGCUGUAUCCGAUCAUCAUGGACCCAUCACCCGACGAACUGGAUGUCCCUGAUGCCCUCUCAUUCUCCACUAGACCCCGUAGCACUCGACCUGAUCCCUCUCAUGCUUCGCCUUCCGCGCCUCUAGACGUUUUUCGACAGGCUCAAAAUCCAGGACUACGUUUAAGCCCGGCCCGUUCGCCAGCAAGCGGACCUAUCUCGCCCAGCGACGUGGCAUCGCCCCGUCGUGCUAUUAUAGCGAAUGCGAAAUCUCUUCCGUUGUCGAAUAAACGCCCUCAAGCAAAGUCUCCGGCUACUCAUAGACGUCCACGGCAUUCAGACCCGAUAUCAGCUCCUUUGCCCACGCUAGAAUUCAGUGGAGUCCGCUCGAGUAGCGCUGUAGAAGGCGGCGGCCUCGUGAAUCCACACCAGGGGAAACGAAGCGAGGCGCGUUUUGUUGGCACGCUGAAAACCUGGCAGGCCGUAGACGUCGAGCGAGUCCUCAAGCGAGAGGAGGAUGCUCUUCAGCCAGCUCUGCCUGGACGCUCGUCGGCCUCGAAUGGCACCCUUCUUGUGUAG